GAUGCAUUGUAAAUUGGGAAGAUAUAAUGUACUUGCUGUUUUUAUUUUACUGUUUUUUAAAUCUGUUGAUGGCAAGGAUCCAAAUUGUUCUAAUGACGACAGUGUCGAAUCGUUUAGGGAAGAAUUCACUGGAAGAAAAGGAGAGGCCUUUCAAGUGGUUAACACAGACACAGAAAGGGAAAGCCUACAGACAGACGCCAAAUAUCAAGCCCUACUGGAAAGGAUACUUUCGAUCGAAAAGCAACUUCAGACCUGUCAACAUAACAACGGUGCCAUGGAAGAAAGGAUUCGUAAACUAGAGGACAAUACAUUUGAUUCGAAGAGAGGCCUUAACCUUCGUGUUCGUGCAACAACUCAAGUUGCUUUCCAUGCCAGACUAAAGAACGACCUAACCUCCAUCGGUACGAACCAACCAAUUGUCUUCAAUGACGUAACACUUAACAAUGGAAACGCCUAUAAUUCAGGAGAUGGAAUUUUCAUCACUCCGGUAGCUGGAAUUUAUGUUUUUGCAUUGAGCGUUAUGGUGGUUCGCGAACAUCAUAUCAGUAUAACUUUAAAAUCAACAGACGGUGUGAUUGGUGUCAUAUACGUAGAUGAUGGACAAUUUACCUUUAACUCAGCGUCAAAUGUCUUCCUGGCCAGGUUAAAUAAAGGUGUCCAUGUCUGGGCAAGGAAAGAAGGUGCUAAUGGAAACUUUCUUCAUGGUGGAUAUUCCACAAUUUCCGGAUUUUUGUUUUCUGUUGUUAGCAAGGAUCCAAACUGUUCUGAUGAUGACACUGUCGAAUCGUUUAAGGACGAAUUCAUUGGAAGAAAAGGAAAUGCCUUCCAGGUGAUUAACACAGACCCAGAAAUGGAAGACGUACAGACAGACGCCAAACACAAAGCCUUACUGGAAAGAAUACUGUCGAUCGAAAAGCAACCUGUCAACAUAACAACGCCGCCAUGGAAGAAAGGAUUCGUAAAAUAG